GAUAGAAGAUCCAUCUAUACCGUUUAUCACACAAUCUAUUGAACCUAAUCUCAUCGAACCACAUCAAAAAUAAGCUGUAUUAAAAACCAGAAAGCAUUCCAGCAAGUCGUUCUCUUUUGCGGUUUUUAUACCUAGCUUUGGUUCCUUCUUUCCUUGCUUAGUUCAAACAAAACUGGAUCUCGUCCACCGCGACCUUCAAAGUAUCAUCUUCCGGGAACACUUGAAUCAACCUAAAAAUGGAGGAUAGUGAAUAUCAAGGAGAGGGAGCUCUCUCUCGUGGAAAUGAAUGGGAAGUUGUCUCUCUUACGGCUUCAACCUAUGCUGCUGCUCCUGGUCCAAAAGGGUUGGAUUCCAACAAUGAUGAUAUGGGCAGUGAUGUUGGUGAAGAUGCAGUUGAAACCUCUACUGCAAUGUUCAUGUCUAAACAUUUUGUCUUCCCACCGAGUGAGCACGAGAAUCUUCCAGUACAGCCUGAUUGCAGUAACGGUGUCACUCAGGAUUCUUUGCAUCACAAUGAAGUGUCUCUACUGGAUAUGGAGGAAGGUGAGAAAUCUGAGAAAUUUGACGAAGAUAGUUGGAAUAUCAAAGGAUUGGAAGUACUUGAACAGUUGCACCAUUCUCAGUUCUUUGAUGAAAAGGGCGAAAACCCACCUCUUUGUGAAGAAAGCAAUAGUUUCCAAGGGAUAAAAUUGGUCAACAAAGAGGAAAUUAUAGAUAUGAAUGCUAAUCUCUGUUCAUUUCAUGAUGUUGAGGCAAGGCUAAGUGCAUCCACAAUUAGUGAGAGUACAAAUUGCACAGUUAUGCCUGAACCUAGUGAUGUGGCUAAGUUGGAUUCUUCUUCUAAAAUCUCCGAACCUCACAAUCCUUCGGAGGAAGAUAACUAUGACCUUCCUUGUGAAGCGUGGUGGAAGAAACACGCAACUUCUUGGUACACUCAAGCUAAGGAUGCAAAAGCUCUUUGGCCUGUUGUCGUGGCUGCAGCUCUGAUGGGGUUGGUAGUCAUCGGGCAGAGGUGGCAGCGAGAAAGUUGUCAAGGUCGCCAGCUUAAGUGGCACUUCAGCAUCAGCGAUGAGAAGCUUUAUAAGAUGUUGAACCCAAUAUCUCGUUUGAAAAAUGUGGUUGUGGGUGGUGCUGCUCAGCGACAAAGUUUUUACAUGAUCAGGGCCAGUCCCUCUGCAUAACAUUAAGACAAUGAUGAUGACGAAAAAGCUCAUGGUGGGCGGUUAAUCUCAGUUGGUCCGACUGAGACACAAUGUUGGAUGUGUGAUCGAGAGACCUAUUUAACCUUUUCUUGCUUUGGUUGUAAAUAACUGUUUACAUGGUGCUUAUUGUAUAUAUUCAAGUUAGUCGAACGUCUCGUUUUGUGUGCAAAGUGGAUAGGUUUUCUGGAACUUCUUUGUAUGGUAUAUGCAGAGUGUAUAGUCCAGUUCUCCCAGUCUUUUUAAAUUGUGUGCUUCUUGUAUAUUGUCUCCUUUUGUGUAGCAUCCAUGGGAAACAAUGUGCUAGUUUAAUGUAAUAUAAGUUUGUGUCUUCACUGCUUGCUUGUAAUAUAAACAGACUUAUGAAAAUGAGUGAAAUUGGAGUGGAGCCUGCCCAGUGUGCAUUUCUUCA